UUAGUAGGUGCAACACAGUAACUGUAGCGUACUGCACGCUACUUAGUUGAGUUUCGUUUAGAUUUUAUUUCGACUCACUUCAGUUUUAUUUAUUUAUUUUUGUAAAAAUGAGCGAAAUUAAACCAGAGGAAAAAACAGCAACCGUUAAAAAUGAAGAUGAACAAGACUGGGAAGCAGCUAAAGCUUUCUUUGAGAGUCUAAAGACCAAAGUACCGAGGCCGCCUAAACCCCAGAACGCGGUAACCAUCGCGGUCUCCUCUCGCACCCUCUUCAACAUGGUGGCAGAGAGGAAAAUCUUCGUGGAUGAAGGAGUGGAGAAGUACGUCGCUUUUCAGGUGGAACAUGAAAACGAUCCGUUAAAGCCGGGACCUGCAUUCCCUUUCGUAAAGGCUCUCAUGAAUGUCAACACUCGACUUAGGAACCUUUACCCCGACAGCGAGGAGCUGUUUGACAUCGUCCUGAUGACUAACAACCACGCUCAAGUCGGCGUGCGCCUCAUUAACAGCAUUAAUCACUACGGUUUGACCAUAGAGAGAUUCUGUAUGACUGGAGGGAAAAGUCCUAUAGGUUACCUGAAGGCCUACAUGACGAACCUUUACCUCUCAAAAAGUGCAGACAAAGUUACAGAAGCAAUAGAGGAAGGGAUUGCUGCAGCCACCGUGUUUAUGCCAAAACAGGAGAACGAUCUGAGCGACACUCAGCUGAGAGUGGCGUUUGAUGGUGACGCCGUCCUCUUCUCAGACGAGUCGGAGAUCAUUGUGAAGAAGCACGGCCUCGACACUUUCUUUGAGCAUGAGAAAAAGUUUGAGAACCAACCUUUGGCUCAGGGUCCAUUAAAGUGUUUCCUGGAGGCCCUCGGUAAGCUCCAGAGAAAAUUUUAUGCCAAGAACGAGCGUCUGAAUUGCCCGAUCAGAACCUUCCUGGUCACGGCCCGCAGCGCAGCCAGCUCCGGCGCGCGAGUCCUGAAGACCCUCCGCAGCUGGGGCCUGGAGAUCGACGAGGCCCUUUUUCUGGCCGGGGCUCCCAAGGGCCCUCUGUUGCAGAAAAUCCGACCUCACAUCUUUUUCGACGACCAGAUGUUCCACAUUGAGGGGGCCAAUGAGCUGGGAACCAUAUCUGCACAUGUGCCUUAUGGAAUUGGACAGAAGUACAACAAGGGGAAGCUCAUCGAGGAGCCCAAAAAAGAAGAGUAAUUUGCAAGUGACAUACACUACACUAAUUUAUCUGGAUAGGAUGAGAUUUGCUCCAAAUCGAUCAUGUUUUAAAGAGUCUUAUGUAUUAUGUAUUUUACGGACACAUAGGGGCAUUUUAUAACAUCAUCAAGUAGCUAUGUCACCUUCAAUUGUUAUAAAAAUGCCAUGUAUGUAAAAUGUCACAAUAUAAUGCUUUGAAAUUGAGGCUUUAUUUCUUUAAGAAACUCCUUGCUCUUUCCGAGACUCUGCCUUCAGCACGUCGUCAUUCUAGGUGCUUGCUAAUUGCUGCUCCCGCUAGUUUGGAGCAAUUACCUGGUGUGAACAAGUGUUUUGCAAACCCAAACGGCUGCCAGUGGAGAUUAAAGGAUUUCUCAAACAUGCAUGAAAGAAUCAAAGCUGUACUCCAGUUAUGUUUCUAAUGAUGGAAUAACAUUAUAACAUGAUGUAAAGCUCAAAAAAGUCGAUAUUUACACAAUACCGCCACUUUAAAAGUGCCCCACUGAAGAAAACGUUAGAAUUUAGUUUAAGGAUUUUGCAAUAUGUAUGGUGAGAAUAUAAUUUCUGCCAAAAUGUAUUUUCACAGCAUAGUUACCUCAUACAACCCACGUUUUUUUUCCCCUUUUAAUUCUAAACAGAAAAAAAGCUAUUGUUACCUUUUAUCUGCCUCUGCUUCCUUUUUAAAGGCUCAGUCAGGAAUAAAUACAUUUUUAAUAAAGUUUACAUAAUUUUUGUUUAUUCCUCUUUGUGCCGUGUUUGUAUUUUUAUACUUUUGUAUUUUGGCCUUGAACACGUAACGGUCCGCUCUCUCCUGUUUGGUAAAAAUUGCCCGAUCCAUCAUGUUUAGGCAACGUUCUUGCACCUUUACAGAACACAUAUACAUAUUUUAAAACAUUUCUGCCAGGGUAGAAAUGCUGUGGCUUAAAGGGACACUGAUGCUGCCUUUCUAUGUUUUUCUUCUUGCUGGAUGUUAACAUAAAACUUCUAUUGUUUUGAUGCUUUUCUUAUUUUCAAGUUGCAUUUGUAACAAAAGACCAAACUACUUGUGUUAGUUUUCAAACUGCAUAUUUAACGCUGCAGAAUUAUGCUUGUCAGUACUUUCCAAAUGCUGGAAAAAGCUGCAUUUGUCACUUAUUUUGUGCCGUUCAACUUUUCUAUCUAUAGCUACUUUCACACGGACUCUGUGAAAGUAGAGCCCGUGUGAAAGUUUUGGGUUGUCAGAUUGUAUUGAGCUCUGAGCAUGCAGUCGGGUUAAUAAAGUAAUGUAGAUCAA